AUGCAAAAAUCUUAACUGAUUAGAGUAUUGAGUGAUUCGAAUAAAUCCUUAAAUCCUUUCUCUAUGUCUAGAUAAUUAAGUCAAGAAACACCAACAAAUUAAGGAAAUACUAGUUAAUAUUAAACAACUGACAAAGAAAUUGUUCGUUUGACUAGAUUAGUUGGUUCAUUAAAAAAAGAAAAUGAAUCAUUAUAAAUCAAAAUAAAGUAAUUGGAAGAGAUAGAUUAUAAAACUAAAAUUUGUGCUUUAGAAUAAAAAAAUAAAUAGUUAGAAUCUUAAAUAGAAACUUUUAAAAAAUUACCUAUAGAUUAAAUAAAAACAUUAAUAGAAGAUAAUGAAAGAUUAACAAGUAUUGUUGAGAAUUAAUCAAAUAAAAUUAAAUCACUAUUAACUUAAAUUGAUGAUUUAAAAGAUUCUUCAUUUCAUAAUGAAGGAAAAAAUGAAAUUAUUAUUUCAAUGAUAUAAGUAAAUUAUCCUAUAUAUAAUAAAGGAACUUGAAAAUUAGAAAUUAUAUGUUCAAGAUGAAUACAAGAGAUAUUAAAUAAUGAAUAAAGAAAAAUAAACUCUUUAUAUUGAAUUAUAAAUGGCAAAACAAUAAAUUAAGGAUCUUAAUCAAACAAUUGAGAAAAUUAAAAUGAUUAAUUUAGAGAGUAGUGAACCAUGUGAUAUACUUCAUUAGGAUUAUUUGAAAAGUCAUGAAGCAGUAUUAAAUUUCGUUAAAAAUUAAUAUUGA